UUACUGGAAGGGUGGUUGCCCCGUACAGCACAGGGGGAACAAAAGUCACAGCAGUACAGAGACAGCAUGCAUACUGCGGCUACCGACCACAGCUGACACACCAGUGCUUACACAGCAGUGCUGCUACAGAACACGGACGGUUUCACACAGGUCACAAAGAAAGUAAUGCGGCAAGCACAAGUGACGAUAUAAUAUGAAAUGAAGACAGAUCACCAGUUUCUAGCAUCUUGAGGUGAGGUGGAGAGAUGAGGCGUUUCGUUAGAGAACCAGAAAGCGUAAUGGCACUUGGCACGCGGACCUCAACACAGGUCUUUGGAGUGAGACAGAACCAAGUCCCAGAGGAAGGGGACGGAGAUGAAGAACACAUGGAGGGCUGCGAGCAGCCCCGUUACAUCCCUAUCCGUAGGCACUCUCGUUUUUACACAUCAAUGAGAGCACGGAAGCAUAGGAAAGACAGGCAGAGCAGUAGAGACGGCAUGGAAAUACAGACACAGAAUUCUGUACACCAAGGAAACAGGGACCCAAAAAGUACUCCUUUAAAUGUGGACGCCAAUUCUUCAGCAACAUACAGAGAAUAUCUUCACAAUGAAGACUCCAGCAACCCUCCGGCAGAUACCCCCUCCCCUGCUGAGUGUUCCACUACCACCCCUGAGGCGCUGCCAACUGUCUAUCCUGCACCAGCAGACUCAUGGAAAACCUUAAUAGGACAUGUAGAGUUCCUGUACCAGGAAUACAGAGACAAAUCCACACAGCAUGAGAUCCAAGCACGAAGACUUCAGGACAAAUGUGCACAGCCCCCUGAAACUCCAGAUAGCCCCACAACCCCAGAAGAGGAGUCCUCCCCACGCACAGAGUACCAGAGGUCUAACUCAACUUUCAGCCGCCUACAAAACACCUGCUCUGGCUUCAACUUAUGGCAGGAUCUACCAGAAAUUAAGAACAGUAGAGUCCUAAGUGUGCUGCAACCCCAAGAAAUUAAACUUCAAGAGGCCAUGUUUGAGCUGGUGACUUCAGAGGCAUCGUACUACAAAAGCCUGCGUCUGCUGAUAUCUCACUUCAUGGAGAGUGACAGGCUGAGAGCCACCAUUCACCCGUCAGAGACACACUUCAUCUUCUCCAAUGUGCUGGAAGUUUUGGCCACUAGUGAAAGGUUUCUUUUGGAUCUAGAGCAAAGAUUUGAAGAGAACUUGGUGAUUUCUGAUGUGUGUGACAUUGUCUACCAGCACGCGGUCAAUCACUUUGGGGUCUACGUCACCUACGUCUGCAACCAGACCUAUCAGGAGAGAGCAUACAGGAAGCUGCUUCAGGAAAGGCCAGAAUUCCGGGAUGCAGUGGCGCAUUUGGAGACUAAUCCAAUUUGUCGAGGACUGCCCUUCUCUUCAUUCCUUAUUUUACCUUUCCAGAGGAUCACACGGCUCAAACUGCUGGUGCAGAAUAUUUUGACAAAAGUGGAGGAGGGGUCAGAACGUGAGACAUCGGCGCUACAAGCACACCGCGAGCUGGAGAAACUUGUGCGAGCCUGUAAUGAUGGAGUCAGGAAGAUGAGUCGCACUGAACAGCUUAUCAGCAUAGAGAAGACACUUGAAUUUAAGAUCAAGUCUGUGCCAAUCAUCUCUCACUCCCGUUGGUUGUUAAAGCAAGGCGAACUACAACAGAUGUCUGGACCACGCACUUCUCGCACCCUCCGCACUAAAAAGCUCUUCCGUCCUGUGUAUCUUUUCCUCUUUAAUGAUCUGCUGCUCCUGUGCAAACGUCAACCUGGAGACCGAUAUCAAGUAUUUGAUGUGGCAGCACGUGGUCUCCUUCGUGUAGAAGAGCUGGAAGAUCAGGGUCAGACACUGGCUAAUGUCUUUAUCCUGAGACUCCUGGAAAACACCCAUGAAAGGGAGUUUACCUAUAUGCUAAAGGCUACAUCCCAGAGCGAAAUGAAGCGAUGGAUGACGUCUUUAGUUCCUAAUCGAAGAACAAAAUUUGUUUCCAUCACAGCUCGAGUUUUAGACUGCCCACAGGUGCAGUGUGUGCACCCGUAUAUUUCCCAGGAGCCGGAUGAGCUGUCUCUGGACCUGGCUGACCUUCUCAAUGUCCUGGACAAGACAGAUGAUGGUUGGGUCUUUGGAGAACGUUUGCACGACCAAGAGAGGGGCUGGUUCCCCAGCACGGUGACAGAGGAAAUCCUGAACAAAGACAUCAGAACGCAGAACCUGAAGGAGUGCUUUCGGGUGCACAAAGCUGAUGAUAGCAGUCAGAACAAAGACCGGCGGAAGAUGGGAAGCAGGACGCGACAAUGACCCCCUGGAUACUGGAUGGGGCAGCAUGCUCAGGGUUGGGGAGAGGAGCAGUGUGUCUGUGACGCGAUGCAAAUAUUCUAUAUAAAUAUAUGUAUAUUAUCUACAAA